AUGUCCCUCCACCUCCAGCCCCUGCACCAAGUUGGCACAUCUUGGACCAGACUGUCGGCCGAAGAAACAACCCCUAAUACGUCUCACAAGGAAUAUACUGAAAAGUUUAGGGGUUUGUCAUAUAUACCUGUCUUUUCCAGAACUGUACUGCUUUGGAUGGAGAACACAACAACGGUAACUCCUCUCAAACAGCCCAUUGUGUUUGAGCUGGAGGGCUUCCACGUUCCGCCAGGCUACAGCUCUUUCCUGUUCGUCCUGGCUCUGUUUAACUACAUGGUGGUGCUAAUGGGGAAUGGCGUGGUGGUGUGUGUCAUUAUCAUAGACAAGAACCUACACAGACCCAUGUUUGUGAUGAUUUGUCAUCUGGUAGUCUGUGAUCUGCUGGGGGCCACCGCGGUGCUGCCUCGCCUCAUGAUGCACUUUUUGACAGGGGAAAGGAGGAUCGCUCACAUCCCAGCCAUCGCCCAGGCCUUCUCUGUGCACACAUAUGGUGUCGCCACCCAGACUCUUCUGGGUGCGAUGGCCUAUGACAGGUAUAUCGCUGUGUGUGAACCGCUUAGGUAUCACGCUAUCAUGACAUCUGCUCGCCUGCACUCCUGCUGUGGGUUGGCCUGGUUUGUUGCUCUGCUGUGUAUUGCUGUGCUCUUCGCCUUCCACAUGAACACCCCACUGUGUGGCAAUAUCAUCAAACAUGUCUACUGCAGCAACCGGGCUAUCCUGAGACUGGCUUGCAGGUCCACACCCAUAAAUAACAUCUAUGGUCUGUCCAUGUCCUGGUCUGUGAGCACAGGGAUCUUCAUCAUCAUUGCCUUUUCCUACUUCAGAAUCCUGCAGGCUUCAGUAAAACGAAGCAAUGUUGACAGCGGCGUCCGCAGCAAAGCCUUUCAGACAUGUACAUCGCACCUUGUUGUGUAUGUGCUCUAUGAAAUAGCUUCAGUGAUCAUAAUUGUGAGUCAUAGGUUUGCCUCAGCUUCCCAAGACAUAAAGAAGUUCUUCAGUAUCCUGUUUAUCAUCAUUCCACCAGCCAUCAACCCCAUUAUCUACGGAUUGGUCAGUAAAGAGCUACGUUCAAGCAUCAUCAAGCAUUUUACCAAACAAGUCUUUCACAAAAAGUGAGAUGGUUUUAACGUCUUUCAAUCACUGUGUCUCUGAUCAUAACCUAAACUUUUCCUAAACAACUCUUCUUCAAAGAUUAUAUAUGUUUUAGUGCAUAACCACUGUCUAGUGGUCUGAGCUGCAUACCAUGUAAACACUACA